AUGGAUGAAAACACAUAUUCUACUGUUUCAUACAAUGAAGUGCAGAUAGCAUACAGAAGAAUAGACUCUCUUUUGGAAGAAUAUCUUAUUGAAAAUAGAAUUGAAGAUAAAACUUACAACUUUUUGAAGCAAAAACAUUCACGUGUCCCACAAUUUUUUGGAACAUCUAAAAUACAUAAAAAUCUAUUGAAGCCUCCUUUUCGCCCUAUAGUUUCAGCUAGAAAGUCCAAAACCCACCCAUUGGCUGUAUAUAUUGAUCAAAAUCUCAAAGGAAUUGUUAGGACACAGAAACAUCUAGUCCAAGAUUCAUGGGAUUUUUUGGGGAAAAUUAAUGACAAUUUAUGGUCCCAAACUUGUAAAAUGGUUACCAUAGAUGUGAAAGACCUAUUCACGUGUAUACCCAGAGACUUGGGCUAUAAUUACUUUGAGGAUUGUGUUAACAAAUAUUUGGAUCUGCCAUUGGACAGUAAAAGACUAAUACUAGAAUUGACUGAAGUUGUUUUGGACAACAACUUCAUUACAUUCCAAGGGGAACACUACAAACAAGUGACAGGAGUGGCUAUGGGGGCAGCCUGUGCCCCCAUAUAUGCCAACCUUGUUCUCCUUGGAUGGGAAGAACAGUUUAUUUUUUCUAGUAUAUUUAUGAAAAAUAUAAAAAUUUACCUCAGGUUUCUAGACGAUAUUUUUCUUGUAUGGGAGGAUGACGAGGAGGGUAAAUUUGAUGAAUUCAUGAAAUAUAUAAAUGAAACUACUACCUUUCUGUCAUUUACUCAUGAAAUACAAAAUCAGAGCAUCAAUUAUUUGGAUAUUACCCUCAGUAAAACAGUUCAAGGCUUUAAGUCUAACAUUUUUAGAAAAAAUAUCUGGUGUAACAGCUAUUUACAUUUUGAUAGCCAACACCCGUUUCAUCAGAAAAAAAGUAUCAUUAAGGGCCAGGCGCUAGAUUUUGCUGCCUAUGAUGACAACAGCACCAUUUCUACUGCAAAAACAACUGAAUUUCAAAAUGAAGAUCACAUUAGAAUCAUUGGCCUUGUGCUUCAUAGUUUUUCAUUUGUGCUUGGCACAUUUGGAAAUGGACUUGUAAUAUGGGUUGUAGGUUUCAAAAUGAAGAGAUCUGUCAACACUGUUUGGUUUCUUUCCUUGGCCAUCACCGAUUUCUUUUUCUCACUGUUUAUCUUUUUUAAAAUUGUACAGAUUGCAGAUGAUUACAAUUGGAUUUUUCCUAAAUUUAUGUGCAAUUUAAUCAUUUUUUUUUAUAACUUGAAUAUGCUUUUCAGUGUCUUUCUCUUGACAAUUAUAAGUAUUGAUCGUUGCAUUUCUGUUAUUUUCCCAGUCUGGUCACAAAACCAUCGAAAACCAAAGACUGCGUAUUUUGUCUGUGCUGGAGCUGUGACACUUGCAUUUCUUCUUAGUUUGCCAUCAGCUAUUUUCCGUGAUACAUAUACAUACAAUGAAAAGACAAUGUGUUAUACCAACUAUCUUUUGUUCAGCAAAACUGAAUUAACUUACAUGGCAGCUAAGCAAAUCAGACAUACUAGACAGCAAGCAGUAACUUUUAUUACAUUAUCAUUUGGAUUUCUUAUUCCAUUAAUGGUCAUGAUCAUAUGCUACACACUUAUUGCCUUAAAAAUUAGUAAAAACAGACUUUCACAAUCAAAAAAGCCAUUUAUAGUUAUUAUAACCAUUGUUUUGACAUUUUUUCUUUGUUGGUUUCCGUAUUAUUUUAUCAGUAUUUUGGUAGUAUGGCACCACCAUUUUUCUGUAAGAACCCUUACGAUAGGAAUAAUUAUCUCUAAAGGCAUUGCAACAACAAAUAGUUUUAUGAAUCCAAUUCUGUAUGUGUUUAUGGGCCAAAAUGUUAAGAAGACACUUUUGUCACGCUUUGAAAAUGUUUUUAGUUAAGAUGCUGUUCAGUCACGUGCUAGCUCUCAAAGUAUAUCAAUGUUUUCAUGUAAUGCAUACAGAAAAGUAAUACAACUGUAGUCCUGAGGACAGUCAGGAUCAUUUAUCAACAAAUCUAAGAAGGAUUUCUUGUAAAAAAAAAAAAAACUUUUUGCUUUGUAAAUAAAAUGUAC